AUCCGAGAUCAGUUUUCAAUUCGCAAAGUGUAUUGGUUCGUAUCGAAAUUGGGGCAAUGGCGUGGAAUUUUGGACUCGUACGUUUUCAGCAAAUCUCGUCGCUACUGAUGCGUAAUAGAGGCGUUCUUUAUCCUUUGCGUCGGACGUUAAACACCGAUCUGUCGAUGGCUUUGCGACCCUUCGUCGUGGCAGUGCAUCCAGACUAUUUUGGCAAAUAUCCCGUACAACGUCACACCAAUGAGGAGUCGCUGAAGCAGUUGAACGCCCACUUGGAGUCCCUGAGCGAUCACAAGUUCUCGACUUUGCCGGAAAAGAAGGUGCUGAAGUUCUACAUGCGAGUGGGAAGCUCCAAUUGCGAGGCUUUUCGCAUUGUGCUGAUUGAGAUGAACAAUAAUCUGCUGGAUCCGAAGGCUGUCGUCCAGGAAAUACUGGAGACCUGCAAUCUGACGGCUGAGUGCACGGAGGUUGAAAAGCCAGCACUGGAGGAGUUUUCCACAGCGGCUGCGGAACCCGGUUUGGAAAGCAACUUCAUGCCAAAGGAGAUUAAGGGUGGGCCAGUAGUAGAAAAGCAAGUCAUACAAAGUAACUUGGAUAAGUGGCUGAACGAGACGGCGGCCAGGGCGCACCUAAAUUCGGAGGACCUGACCGGUCUUAAGGCAGAAGUAAGGGGCUUGGAAAAGUCUUUGGUGCAGAAACUGGGAUUGCGUGCAACGCGCUACGAUUGCGGCUGGAAUCUUGAGCGUUAUCACGACUGUCUAAUCAGCUUGGAGCAGCUGGCCAAAAAGCAUGCUAAGGAGCUGGAGGUAUUGCGCAAUCGUAUCGUUGCGUUUGCGCCAUAUACGGGCAUAAGUCUGGACGGAGAUGUUAUGCUUUUCACUGGCGAUGAGCCCAAAUGCUGGUUCUGGUUCAUCAAUGCAAUGGGACAGCACGAGACCUAUUUGAAGCUGGUCCCGCUCUAUGAGCAGGCUCUGUCCGCCGUUCUGCGCGGCAUACAGAUCAAGAGACGCAACUAUAUACCGAGCACUGAGGCGAAGACUUAUGCAAAUAGGUUGCUAAGGAUUAUUAACUCAAUAAGCGACUAUUUGAAUGCCAAAGAAUAUUUGGAUCAACUGCCGGAAUCGUUAAAGGAUUACAAACUGGCCAUUGUGCCCGAGGACGAGCAGCCAAAGGUUAGCUUUACGGGCCUCUUUCUGGUGCCAGCGACGAGUUCGGGACAGGAACUAAUCGAUUUUAUUGCGAGCAAUCUGGAAAUAGCGCGCAAUCGUGUGAUUCGUUACAAAAAGGACAGAGCCGUUGAGCGCGAGUUGUGGAAGCAGUGCAAGGAUACGCUGUGUCUGCAUAAUCUAACCAAAGAUGAUUCGGUGACACCCGACAAGAUGAUCCUCACCCUACGCCAUCUGCUCAAAAGCGAAUCGAAAUCAUUUCGGGACAUUAGCGUACAUGUGACCAACUACUAUUCGGUUAUGACGGAUGGCAUUGUCUGCAUCCCUUGGGACUUCAUGUACAGGAAAGCAGAGCGCAAGUCUCAAUAGUUGGGUGUUCAAAGAAAUUGAAUAAGUUUUACUCUGAGAUGAAACUUUGGAUGAUGUUUGUUUAUGAGAUUAAUAAAUGAAGCAAAUGUUGUUCAGACCCUG